AUGGAAGGGAAAAGAUCGUCCAAAGAUGAAAGCAGCGGUAGUUCAGAUGAAAUUGAGUCCCAAGAAGAUAUUGAAGAAGACCUUCCAAAAAGUGAAGAAGAGGAAGAUAAAGGGUCUAAUAAGGAAAUAACUUUUUAAAUAAUAUUUUUAAUAUUAUUUUUUUUUAAAAUAUAUACCUUUUUGGAAGACUAAAUAAUUUAUUAUUGAUAAUUUUUUUAAAAAAAUAAUUAAUUCAAUAGUCUCCAAAAAGGUAUAUUUUUAAGCUUCUAAUAAGUCACAUUCUGAUAAUGAGCUUGGUGUUAUGAAAUUACGCAGGAAAAAAACCCAAAGGAGUACCUAUAGUUUUCGUACUGACAGAAGAAAUCCUCGAGGCACAAGAACUAAAAAAAGUGAGUCCAAGCGAAAACAAGCUUUAGCCGGCCGCGGAAGAAAAAAAGCAAAAAAUUCCUAUGACAAGCCAGACUGAAGCAAACGCAGCGAAAGUGAAAGCGAAGAAUCUUUUACAGCUGUGGAGCAUACAGUUGAAAGCCAAGCCCUUCCUAUCGUUGAAAAAUUCUUAUACAAGCCUGGAGUCCCAUGGCCAGAUCUAACACCUUAUUUACAGCAGCUUAUAGAAAUAAGAAUAGCUAGAGAAUACAUAACCCCAUUAAACAAGCAAGUAAAAGAGCGGCAAUUGUGGGGAAAUGAAGUCUAUGCUAUGUUAAAUUAAUUAUUUUAUUUAUUCAUAAUAAACUAUUUUUAUUAAAAAUUAAUUUAAAUAGGCUUAUACAAGUGAAUCUGACAUUGUGGCUGCCAUGCAUCAUGUGGGACUCAUUAAUAUAUGAAAUGACCUAAGUUCUCAAUAUGAAGGCGUCGCCGUAAUAGCUAGAGUCACCAAAGGGAGAAAUAACUAUAUAAGCUGCAUAAGAAAUGGAAUCAGAAGCAAAAGAUGCACAAAUUAUGAAGGGCAUAGUAUCAAGCCAGAAAGAAUAAUUCUUCUGCCAUCACUAGGGAAACUUGAAGAACUGGUCGAAAUGGCCAAAAAAAUGCCUACAGAUUUCCCUAAAAUCAGACAAAAACCUAGCUUAAAUACAAAAACAAUGAAAAUUAUUCCUGGGACUUAUUUUAUUUUUAAUAUUAGCUUUGAGCCGGCUAUUCCUUAUUCAUUAGAAAAUUUUGGAGAUAAAGGCUGGGAUGAAGCUGAAUUUGUGAGUGCAAAAUUAAAAGAAAAUGCGCUUUAUGUUGAAACUUGUAAUAAGAGAUUUGAAAUUUCACUAGUGAGUGAAGGAGAAGAAGAUCAGAUUUUUGAACAUCAGGAUAAAUAUAGAUGGGCUGAGGUGAAAUUCCCUAUCAUGUUUAAAGAUAUUGAAUAGGUAAAAAUAAAUUUUUUGGCUUAAGCAAUUGUUUUUGUAAAAAAUAUAAAAAAAUUAAUUUUAAUGGAGCCAUUGAAUUUAUGAAAGAAAACAGAGUUCCACUUGAUGAAAAUUAUGUGUCAGUGAUAUACAAAAAUUUAGACUGGACCAACAUAGAGUGGAGCAGCACUUCAGUAUUUGUGAAUGGAGUUGAAUAUGGACCACUUAAAUGCUUUAAAUAUAUCCCUAUACAUGAUUAA